CCACCGCGGGUUGAGGGGAACUGGUCCCACAUUCACCACUUUAACACCGUUUAUUCCGUGUAACUGCUGCUGUGAGGGGCUGUGUGUGGGACUAGGGGGGUGGGAGAAGCCCAGGAGAGAUUCCACCGUGGAAGAAGCGCUGGGAGUGGUGGGAGUGGUGGGAGGACCAGGAGAACCAGGAAAAGCCCGGCUGUAUCUCUCACCAUGACAGGGAGACUGACAGUGACGCAGCGGAAGGACUGAAGUCAAACUCUCCCCCGAUCCGUCUGAGUCUGGACGGUAAAAGUCUCCAGGACUAGAGUUCCCAGGUGGUGGCCAGUGACGGGGUGCGGGCUAUGAUGGAGUCAGCCCUGACAGCCAGAGACCGCGUGGGUGUGCAGGACUUUGUCCUGCUGGAGAACUACACCAGCGAAGCUGCUUUCAUAGAGAACCUGCGCAAACGCUUCAAAGAGAAUCUCAUCUAUACUUACAUUGGUUCAGUGCUGGUGUCUGUUAACCCGUACAAAGACCUGGAGAUCUACAACAAGAACCACAUGGACCGAUACAGAGGGGUCAACUUCUACGAGGUCUCACCCCACAUCUAUGCAGUGUCGGACAACGCGUAUCGAUCUAUGAGGACAGAGGGGAAGGACCAGUGCAUUCUGAUCUCGGGGGAGAGCGGUGCUGGGAAGACGGAAGCGUCCAAGAAGAUCCUGCAGUACUACGCUGUCACAUGUCCAGCCAGCGAUCAAGUGCAGACCGUCAAAGAUCGGCUGCUACAGUCCAACCCUGUGCUUGAAGCCUUCGGCAAUGCCAAGACGUUGCGCAACGACAACUCCAGCCGCUUCGGCAAGUACAUGGAUAUUCAGUUUGACUUCAAGGGCGCCCCGAUGGGAGGUCACAUUCUCAACUACCUGCUGGAGAAAUCCCGGGUGGUCCACCAGAACCACGGGGAAAGGAACUUCCAUAUUUUCUAUCAGCUGAUUGAGGGAGGUGAGGAGGACUUGCUGAGACGCCUUGGCUUGGAAAGAAACCCUCAACAGUAUCAGUACCUGGUUAAAGGUAACUGUCCCAAAGUGAGUUCCAUCAAUGAUCGGAGUGAUUGGAAGGUUGUGAGGAAAGCCCUGACUGUGAUUGGCUUCAGUGAAGAUGAGGUGGAGGAUUUGCUGAACAUAAUUGCCAGUGUGCUUCACCUUGGUAAUGUACAGUACGGUGGAGAAGACGGCAUUGCCUGUAUCACUUCAGAGACGCAGAUAAAGUACCUAGCAAGGCUGCUAGGCGUGAACGGGGCGGUGCUGACAGAAGCUCUCACACACAAAAAGAUCACUGCCAAAGGAGAGGAGUUACUGAGCCCGUUGAACCUGGAGCAGGCGUCGUCAGCGCGGGACGCUUUGUCCAAGGCAGUGUAUGGACGCACUUUCAGCUGGCUGGUCAACAAGAUCAACGCUUCACUGGCGUUCACCGAUGAUUCUAUCAAGAAUUACCUUGUCAUUGGCCUACUCGACAUCUACGGCUUUGAAGUCUUUCAGCACAACAGCUUUGAGCAGUUCUGCAUCAACUACUGUAACGAGAAGCUGCAGCAGCUCUUCAUCGAGCUCACGCUCAAGUCAGAGCAGGAGGAGUAUGAAGCCGAGGGAAUCACGUGGGAGUCAGUCCACUAUUUCAACAACAAAAUAAUCUGUGACCUGGUGGAGGAGAAGUUUAAGGGCAUCAUUUCCAUUCUGGACGAGGAGUGUCUUCGGCCAGGAGACGCUAGUGACUUCACCUUCCUGGAGAAGCUGGAGAACACUGUUGGAGGACAUCCACACUUUGUCACUCACAAGCUGGCUGAUGGAAAGACUCGAAAGGUAAUGGGUCGAGAAGAAUUCAGACUGCUGCACUACGCUGGAGAGGUCAACUACAACGUCAACGGAUUUUUGGACAAGAACAAUGAUCUACUGUUCAGGAACUUAAAAGAGGUGAUGUGCAUGUCUGAGAACAAGAUCUUGAACCAGUGCUUCGACAAGGAGGAGCUGAGUGACAAGAAACGCCCCGACACAGCAGCCACUCAGUUCAAGGGCAGCCUGGCCAAGCUCAUGGAGAUCCUGAUGUCCAAGGAGCCCUCGUACGUCCGCUGCAUCAAGCCCAAUGACUCCAAGCAAGCAGGACGGUUUGACGAGGUGUUGAUUCGUCACCAGGUGAAAUAUCUGGGACUGAUGGAGAAUCUGAGGGUGAGAAGAGCUGGAUUUGCUUACAGACGGCGUUAUGAGGUCUUCCUAGAGAGGUACAAGUCCCUUUGUCCAGAUACGUGGCCUAGCUGGCGGGGGAAACUGGCUGACGGUGUGUCCACCCUGGUCAAACAUCUGGGAUACAAGCCUGAGGAGUACAAGCUGGGCAGAACCAAAAUCUUCAUCCGUUUCCCAAAGACCUUGUUUGCCACCGAGGAUGCAUUGGAGACCAGAAAACAUGGUCUUGCCACAAAACUACAGGCAGGAUGGCGAGGCUACCGCCAGAAAACCAGAUACCAGAAAAUGAGAGUCUCAGCUGUUGCCGUCCAGGCCUGGUGGAGAGGCAUCUUGGCGAGGAGGGCGGCCCAGAGCAGGAGACAGGCUGCCGGGACCAUUCGCAGAUUUAUCAAAGGCUUCAUCUAUCGCCACAAAGAGCGCUGCCCAGAGAAUGAAUAUUUCCUUGAUUAUGUUCGCUAUUCCUUCUUGAUGAAGCUGCGCAGGAAUCUGCCCAAAACUGUCUUGGACAAAAGCUGGCCCAAACCUCCAGCUGCUCUCUCAGAGGCAUCAGAUCAUCUGCGUAAGAUGUGCAUGCAAAACAUGGUGUGGAUGUUCUGCAAGAAGAUCAAUCCUGAGUGGAAACAUCAGAUGGAGCAGAAGAUGAUUGCCAGUGAGCUUUUCAAAGACAAGAAGGACAACUAUCCACAGAGUGUGCCUAAACUAUUUGUCAGCACAAGGCUCAACGGCGACGACAUCAACCCCAAGGCACUGGAAGCUCUGGGCAGUGAGAAGAUGAAGUAUGCAGUUCCAGUCACCAAGUACGACAGGAAAGGCUACAAGGCUCGGUCCCGCCAGCUGCUGCUCACCGCUAACACUGCCAUCAUCAUAGAAGAGGGCAAAGUAAAACAGCGCAUUGAAUAUGGAGCCUUGAAAGGCGUGUCGGUCAGCUCCCUCAGUGACGGCGUGUUUGUCCUGCACGUGCCCAGUCAUGACAACAAACAAAAGGGUGACGUGGUUCUGCAGAGUGACCAUGUGAUUGAGACAUUGACCAAGAUUGCCAUCUGUGCUGACAAAAUCAACAGCAUUAAUAUCAGCCAGGGCAGCAUCAAUUUUACCGUGAGUCAGGGGAAAGAAGGGAUCAUAGACUUCACGCCCGGAUCAGAACUACUGGUGGCCAAAGCUAAGAACGGACACUUGUCUGUGACGGCUCCCAGACUGAACUCCAGAUGAUGCCACUCCCUCCACACAUGAACCCCAGGAACCCCAGGAACCCCUAACCUCUCCCUCCUCCAGGGACCCCUAACCUCUCCCUCCCCCAGGAACCCCUAACCUCUCCCUCCUCCAGGGACCCCUAACCUCUCCCCAGGAACCCCUAACCUCUCCCCAGGAACCCCUAACCUCUCCCUCCCCCAGAAACCCCUAACCUCUCCCUCCUCCAAGAACCCCUAACCUCUCCCUCCCCCAGGAACCCCUAACCUCUCCCUCCCCCAGGAACCCCUAACCUCUCCCCAGGAACCCCCUAACCUCUCCCCAGGAACCCCAGGAACCCCUAACCUCUCCCCAGGAAACCCUAACCUCUCCCCAGGAACCCCUCACCUCUCCCUCCUCCGGUCACAUGACUGCAGACCUCACUCUGCACAAGCCAACCAGAUGCCAGCCGUCAUUACUUGGAGGGGCUUAUGCUUCCAAUUAAAACCCACGAAAACUAAUUGAUAUAUUUAUGUUUAUACAUAAUAUUUUUGAGAUUAAUACUGUGUCUGAUUGAAUAUUAUGAUUUUUUUAUAUAUAUAAUAUGAUGAGCAUUUUACUUGUACCAUGCCUGCUUAUUGUGCUUUAUUUGGGAACAUAAAACAGCAAUGAGGGAAAAGUUAGACUUGGGGGCAACAAAAGGAUGAUGGGCAUAGGCUUUCUGACACUACUUUUUCUAACUGCAGGCAGAUGGCUUUUUAGUGAAGCAUAAAAGUGCAGGAAUUCAAGCUGAUGGCGUAUAGGAAAACUGUUGAGAGGUUCAGGGAUGAAGAGCAACUUCAUCAGACAGUAAUGCUUCGGCACACAAAAGGCUGUUGGUGUCAGACUGUAGCUCGCUAAAUCUGGAUAAAUGAUCGAUUUACUGCUGAAGAUAUUUUAUAAAUCUGUCGUUUGUCCAGCUAUUGAAUGGGAAGUAGGGUUAGAACUACAGCAUGUACUGUAAAUGCUGCAAAAAAGGUGAAUAAAGUAUGUGAGAUAUGUGUGAGGUAAAGGUGAGAGAAAGCUGAAAAGAAAGAUGAGAAAGUACAGCAGUCAUUUACCUUGACACCUGGGCCUUGUGCCCAUUUCCUUGACUAAUUUAUUUGUAACAACUUGUGACCCUUGAAACUCAGCAAGUGACGAGUAAAUGGAACCUGGUCAUCAGUGACUGAAAGUUGGACGUACGGCAGCUGAACACACACAAGCUUCAGCUUCAACGUGUGUCUUCAUCCUCACGUAUCCCUCUGCUCUGCUCCUGCUGUCUCCCCACAGCUCCUGUCUAGCGCCGCUUGUGUACGACCAGAACAGGUUCAUUCAGCCAAAAGCUCAAUGACAGUUUUUUAAUAUGGGAAAAAUAAAAUCCCUUUUUUUACUAUUGCUAACCGCCAUGACCACUGAUUAAUUUGUGAGUCAGUUGAUGUACUUGGAUUUUGCUAAAAUGCUUACAAAGGCUUAAGAGUGGUAAUUUUUAAAUUGAGGUAUGUUAUAUGCAUUUUUUUCUUUUUUAAGGAAAUAGAUUGACAUUUUGGAUAAAGCCAUUUUGCAAAUUUAAAUAAGGUGUCUGGUGCCAGUCUCGUGUCUGAAUGCUAAAUAGAAAGACUAGUGAGACCAGCUUUGUGGGAAAUGAUUACCUCAGCUAUGUCCAAAGAAACUUAAAUCAAUGUGAUAUAUAAAACCCAUAAGAUCUAGAAAUUUUAACUGGCUUAAUUUUUAAUGUCCAAAACCUGUUGGAAUUGUCCUUGCUCUGUUUGGGCUAAGUCAACCAUGUUGUAUCUGGCUUCACUAUGAUCAAAAGUAUGUUAGCACUUUAGUAAAUCCAAUGGAGGAGUCAGUGUAGUCCAGGUUUUAGGCCUCCAGUUUUGCAACAAACAUCUUUGUCAAGUCUGCAGAUGAGACCAAAGUCUAGUUGAGAAAAAGCUCGUAUUUACAACUGUUUUGAGUAGUCUCAAAAUGUUUGCAGGAUAUUGGGCUUUUACUUUUCUCUGAGUGCACUCGAUGACAGAAUGCUUUCUCCUGGCGGCUCGGGGCCGGCCUACGCUACUAUACCUACCAGCCAAAGACCCUGUUGAUUUAUUGUGUUGGUGGUUAAUAUGAUAUAUCGAUCAUUUCAUUUCUGAAUAUUAUGUUUAUUGUUCAAGGGUGAUGGAGAUGAUUAUGUACAGGUGUUUUGAGUGAUUCAGGUCUGGUGAGAUUUAGUUGUGUUAAAGAAGAAAAAAAGCUUUGAAUGUUGUGUUAAGCACAGUUGUUCAUGUGCAUUUGUUAAACGGCAAUAUCAGAUCCUGAUGCUCAGAGGAAUCAUUCUUUGUCAGAUCAAAAUGUUUGGAACGGCUCCCCCACCCCAUCUCUCUUUAUAAGCUUUAGUCAAUUAUUCAAACCAAGUUGAAUCUUUAUUUACAGAUGCACUGCUAAUUUUAGUCCUGACUUAUUGUUUGCACCAGACCAAUGUGUAACUAUGACAGCACACAGUAAAAAAAGAUUAAAGCAAAUAAAAGUACAAUAUUUAAUAUCAA